CUCUCUCCGCAUACAACUCAUCAACAACACAGCUGCAAAGAUCCUCUCUGAUCGCUGUGCAGUGCAGCACAUUCCUGUUCACUUUCUUUCCUCGGUUAAAUUUCACAAAAAGUGAUAGAAUUGAAUAAUUUUUCAACCUGCAUUUCAAAUUUUGCUUCCAAGUGAUAGUAUAUAAAUUAAAAAGUGUAAAAUGACGGCACUCACUUGGGAAGAAAAAGAACAACUAAUCACCCGAAAUCUGCAGGAGGUUUUAGGGCAGGACAGCAUGCGGACCAUUUUAAAAGAACGGGACCUAAAAGUGUACUGGGGAACUGCCACAACUGGUAAACCACAUAUUGCCUACUUCGUGCCCAUGUCCAAGAUUGCCGACUUCCUGAAAGCGGGUUGUGAGGUGACAAUUCUGUUUGCGGACCUGCACGCCUAUUUGGAUAAUAUGAAGGCACCCUGGAGUUUACUGCAAGAGCGAACUAAGUACUACGAGGCGGUCAUCAAAGCGAUGCUGACUUCGCUGGGGGUGCCAUUGGAUAAAUUGAAAUUUGUCUGCGGCACGGAUUACCAGCUCUCGAAAGACUAUACGCUGGAUGUAUACAAGUUGUCCUCCGUCGUAACCCAGCACGAUGCCAAGAAGGCCGGGGCAGAGGUUGUGAAACAGGUUGAUCAUCCGCUGCUUUCGGGUAUUUUAUACCCAGGUCUGCAAGCGUUAGACGAAGAGUACCUCAAAGUUGACGCCCAGUUUGGAGGUGUGGAUCAGAGGAAGAUUUUCACUUUUGCGGAGAAGUACAUGCCACAAUUAGGGUAUGCCAAAAGGAUCCACUUAAUGAAUCCUAUGAUUCCCGGUUUGGCAGGUGGAAAGAUGUCUUCAAGUGAAGAGGAUUCCAAAAUAGACCUUUUGGAUAGCGCUGCGAAAGUAAAAUCUAAGAUAAAGAAGGCUUUCUGCGAGCCGGGUAAUAUCGAGGACAACGGAUUACUUAAGUUUAUAAAGCACGUUAUUUAUCCGAUGUUUAAGGCUGGUGAUGGUUUCGAGAUUAAGCGCAAAGAAGAAUUCGGUGGCGAUAAAAAAUUCGAAAAGUAUGAAGACUUGGAAGCGAUGUUCGCUUCUCAGGAAUUGCACCCAGGAGAUCUCAAGGCAGCUGUUGAGGUCUAUAUUAAUCGGUUACUUGAACCGAUUAGAAAGGUGUUUAAUGAUGAUUUUCAUCGGGCACUGACGGAACGAGCCUACCCAACUGGAGCAUCAGGAAAAAAGAGCACAGCGGCACAGGCCACUGGAGAGAAUACCCCCGACAAAGUGGAAUUGAAGGUUGGUCAAAUUGUGGAAGCAAUAAAACAUCCCGACGCAGACACACUGUGCAUUUUAACAGUGGAUAUUGGUAACGAAACGAAGAAGUCCAUCGUCAGUAAUCUGAUGGCCCAUUAUGGCCUCGAUGAGCUGAAGGGCCGUUCGGUCGUGACGCUGACUAAUAUGAAGUCCUCGAAAAUUCGUGGAGUGGAAAGCGAAGGCUUGGUGCUGUGUGCCUUCAAUCAGGAUAAGUACGAGCCGCUGGUCGUUCCGGAAGGCGCCAAAGUGGGCGAGCGGAUAAUCGUGGAAGGUUUUGACAACACUAAAGCAGAAGUGCCGCAGCUGAAUCCGAAGAAAAAGGUUUGGGACAAAAUUCAAGCGGAAUUAAAAACGAAUGGCGAUGGGGAAGCGCUGUGGAAGGAGUUUUCGAUGUUGACAUUGAAUGGCGAUAGGAUCACGAGCACUCUAAAAGAAUGUAACGUCAAGUGAAGAAACAUCGGAUUAACAAAAGGAAACUAUUUGAUCCAUUUCGGGACUCAGCACGCGAUAGUUAUUUUAAUUUAUUUAAUAUUUUGUGCCGCAGCAUAAUUUAUGUUUACGCGUUGAUGCAAUUUCCGCAUUAAUAAAACACUGUCAUUCGUUAUCAGAGAAAUAAAUUUCAUAUCGUUGAAGCUAAA